GUAUGUUUUUCCUGCCUUACGAUGUGCCUGGCUACCUCAGACCUGACCCCGAGGUUAAAGGCUACACCUGCUCCGCCCAUUCCUGGAUAGUACAGAAGCAUAAUGAGGGAAAGACAGACUGUCGAUUAGUGCUUCAAUACAACACAGAGUUUGGAGGUCAUGACAUGAGCGGCUUUGCAAACAACCAGAUGGAUUACAAGGCGGCGAUGGCCCAGUGUCCUGACUUCAACUGUAUUGGUAUGAUCUGCAGCGGCCCCACUGAUUCUCACUAUCUGCCCACCAACUGUUGGAUGAAAUACAACACACACCUCACCAUCACGGGCCAGUCUCCGGUCUCUGUUCAGAAUCUCCACUACUGGUAUACUGAGUGCAACGCUCCAUAGGGCCUAUAGCCUGUUGGUCUUGUGACGCGCAUUGACCAGGUCACCUUGACGUCUGUUUGCAGUGAAAGAGACGAGAUGAUAUAUUAAUCACUUAAAAGUGUGUUCUGUGUCGCUGCACCUGAUUCCACACAACCUAAGUGUGCUAGCAGAAACUUUGUGAUGUAGUAUAGUGCGUACAGCGAGUAUAGUUUAGUUACUCAAUUAAAUGUUACGUUUUCUUUAAAGUCUCACACAGUAGAAAACUAUAUUUUCAAGGAUGGAUUGUAUUAGUCUACCUAGAGAUAGACCUAUACGUAUAAGGUGUCUCGUGAGUUAAGACACAUUGUUCUGGAUGUCGUGAUUCAAGUAAUUCCAAGUGGAAUCUAUACACAUGUAUUUUGUUUCAGUUUGCGAUACACUAACUUGUCCGCCUGCGCGGGCCUCUUUCCCUCCCUCCCACCCACCAUCUCUCCGCCCCGCUCCGUGCCGCCGCCGCAUGACUGGUGCUGCGAGCUAAAUGCUUCCCGCGAUCCCCGUCACUGAUGUGUAUGGCGUGCAGUACACAGUGAAGCCAUUACAGGAGACACUUAGCAUAUGACAAAUUGAAUUCCUGUGUGAAGUAAAUGUAGAGGUAACACAGCAAUACAGUGGUUGACAACUCACCCGCUUCCUGACAACAUCGCGGGCCGAGAUCUUUCAAUACUCCUGCGAACCUCACUACACCACAGCAGUCUGGAAAGCACGCUCUUCUUUUCAAAUGACACCACUCUGUGCUUUGUUCCUUGCACUCUGUGACUGUGUCUGCACUGCUGCACUGGUGCCAGGUGAGGCUUGACACUGUCUUCCGGCCCAUACAUCACAAGUACCGG